UGGAGAAACAUCAGCACUCUGUCAAGAGUUUUACUAAACAGAGUGAUCUCAAAAAACACCAGCGCAUUCACACAGGAGAGAAACCGUAUCACUGCUCAGACUGGGAAGAGUUUUAAUCAUCAGAGUAAUCUCAAAAAUCACCAGCGCAUUCACACAGGAGAGAAACCGUAUCACUGCUCAGACUGUGGAAAGAGAUUUACUACACAGAGUCAUCUCAAAAUUCACCAGCACAUUCACACAGGAGAGAAACCGUAUCACUGCUCAGACUGUGGAAAGAGUUUUAAUCAACAGAGUCAUCUCAAAAAUCACCAGCGCAUUCACACAGGAGAGAAACCGUAUUACUGCUCAGACUGUGGGAAGAGUUUUACUGAACAGAGUAGUUUCAAAAAACACCAGCGCAUUCACACAGGAGAGAAACCGAAUUACUGCUCAGACUGUGGGAAGAGUUUUACUCUACAGAGUCAUCUCCAACAACACCAGCGCAUUCACACAGGAGAGAAACCGUAUCACUGCUCAGACUGUGGGAAGAGAUUUAUUGAACAGAGUACUCUCAAACGACACCAGCGCAUUCACACAGGAGAGAAACCGUAUUACUGCUCAGACUGUGGAAAGAGUUUUAAUAGACUGGAGACUCUAAAACUGCAUCAGAGCAUUCACACAGGAGAGAAACCGUAUUACUGCUCAGACUGUGGGAAGAGUUUUACUCAACAGAGUACUCUCCAAAUACACCAGCGCAUUCACACUGGAGAGAAACCGUAUUACUGCUCAGACUGUGGGAAGAGUUUUACUCAACAGAGUCAUCUCAAAAUACAUCAGAGCAUUCACACAGGAGAGAAACCGUAUUACUGCUCAGACUGUGGGAAGAGUUUUACUCAACAGAGUACUCUCCAAAUACACCAGCGCAUUCACACAGGAGAGAAACCGUAUCACUGCUCAGACUGUUGGAAGAGUUUUACUCAACAGAAUAAUCUUCGAAAACACCAGCGCAUUCACACAGGAGAGAAACCGUUUUAUUUCUCAGAUUGUGGGAAGAGUUUUACUCAACAGAGUAAACUCAAAAAACACCAGCGCAUUCACACAGGAGAGAAAACUCCAUCUUAGAUCAGUUUGAAGGCAAUUAAAAGUGCAAAUCGUAAGUCUUUCAGACAGAACACCUUAUCCUACACAAAUGUUUAACUUUCUCACUUGGGACACGUUCCACCAGAAACAAACAUGAACUGCAUUUAACAAUGGAUUUUACAGGUUCAGCAAAAUUAAUCUUAUCCAGCGAUCAUGUUUAUUGCAUUCCAUGUUAUGUUUUUUUUGUAUGUUCAAUAUUCCAGGACAUUCUUCGUGAGACAGAGCUCAGUUUUUAGGUAGUUACGGUAGGAGUUCAGUUCUGAAAAAGGGAAAAAACGAAGUCUUUAAAAUUUAGAUGUGAUAGUUAGAGUAGGAUUCUUAGCUGGCAACUAAACAUUUCGACCAAAUCGUCAGAGCUUAUGAUUUGAAUGCUUUUAAUGUCCUUUCUACACUGUAAAACCCAAUAAGUUAA